AUGAGCAACACCCAACAGACCGUUCGCUACACCCAUGAUAUCUUGGCAGCCUACUACGCAGUGGCAUCCAAGUGGUUCGUCGACAACAUCUGCAUGCAAGUUACCGGCUACUAUCUGCUCACCAGGCCACCCAAGCCACUUAGGCUUUCCUCGUCCCAGUUUGUUGUGGACCUGGCGGAAGACCAGUUGGUGUAUAUUGCGGGGGAGAAUGUGGCACCAAGCCGGCGACGUGCGUAG